ACCCAAUCUCAAAACUGGCCUUGAAACACACCCUUUAGUUAUUAAAGCAUAACUUAUUAAUAGAGUUUUUCUUUUCUUUUAUAGUGAGUAAGUAUUGUUAAGAAUGUUCAUCCGAUUCAAUUUGUACUAUUUUGCUCAUAGUACAUUCGAUCCUUACAAGUGCGAAUUUCAUAGGGGUUAGUUUUUAAAUAAUAAAAAUUGGGGGACCAAAAUUGAAUUAUUUUUAAUUUCACCAAAGAAAACGUAAAAUUGGUGCAAAUUUCAGAAAAUUGGGUCUCACUCCUUCUGAAGAACUAACUUUCGACUCCGCCAAAGCUCAAAGAUUUUCCGGGAAAGUUUUUUCUCAAGAAACAAACAUGGAGGCAUGCCCGUCUGUGAAAAACAUCCUUCUCCUUGAUUCCGAAGGAAAGCGUGUUGCUGUCAAGUAUUAUUCAGAAGACUGGCCCACGAAUAGCACAAAGGAAGCUUUCGAGAAAGCAGUGUUUACCAAGACCCAGAAAACAAAUGCCCGGACAGAAGCGGAGAUCGCUAUGCUUGAGAAUCAUAUUAUUGUCUACAAGUUUGUUCAAGACCUUCAUUUCUUUGUUACGGGAGGAGAAGAAGAAAACGAACUCAUCUUGGCCACAGUUCUUCAGGGCUUCUUUGAUGCAGUUGGUCUUCUUCUUAGAGGCAACGUAGACAAGAAGGAGGCACUCGAGAACUUGGAUCUCAUUCUAUUAUGCCUCGAUGAAAUUGUUGAUGGCGGAAUCAUCCUCGAGACUGACUCUAACGUUAUAGCACAAAAGGUGGCAAGUCACAGUAUGGAUGCAGGGGCACCAUUGUCCGAGCAGACAAUAAGUCAAGCUCUAGCAACUGCUCGUGAACAUCUAGCGAGAUCUCUUCUUAAAUGAAGAGCGUCUCAGAUUUUAACAAGAGAAUCGAAAAGGGAACGAGUAAUUUUGUGUGAUCGGAGUGACUUGAUGUGCAAGUCUUAUAAUUGUUGACCUAUAUAACAAGUUUUCACCCAAAUCAAAAUGUAUUUGCAUAUGAGACUUUCUACUUCCCAAUAUUAGAGUUCCUUCUUUUCUUGUCGGCAUUAGUUUCCUUUUGGUCAAAUAUUAUCUUCUCUUCCCAACUUUUUCAUUUCUUCUUCUUCAUGUAAACUUGAUUUAGAUACAUAUAUAUUAAAAAGAAAAGGGGUAUAAUAUAAUUCCAAACUUAAUCCAAUAAGAAGCUAGUUUGGCUGUGAUCAA